UCCGCCACACUCAUCUACAGGAGCAACUCUUUUGUUUCCAGCCUCCUUCAGGGGAAGACACAGAAUCUGUUGAUGCGAUUUAGAGCUCACUUCAAGUUAAAGCGGCUGCGUCCGGUUAAUUUAAAUCCAAGCUUUGUUUGGCUCUGGGAUAAUCGUGCAGGAUCUGCGGCGGAUACACUGAUACUCCUGCGUGCGGACAGAGGAGCUCAAAGGAUCUGGGUGGAUGGUUUUUAAAUGUUCACCGGCUUUAUCACAAUAUUCACUGGACGCAACUAGAAGCUCCUGGACUCUCCUUCUCCCCAGUUAACAAACAGAGGGGCAAUGUUGUGGGACAAACUGUGCUGGCUGCUGGCCCUCCUGGCCUUGUCAUCCGGGGGGCUGCCCCCCUCUAAUGAGCCCCUCUCUGCUCCAAGGAUCUUCCUGUCCUUCAAAGAGUUAAAGUCUACCGGCACAGCUCACCACUUCUCCUUUCUGCUGAACUCGACCGAUUAUCGUAUCCUUCGCAUGGACGAGGACCACGACCGCAUGUAUGUGGGCAGCAAAGACUAUAUCCUCUCUCUGGAUCUGCACGACAUCAACAAGGAGCCACUCAUAAUCCACUGGCCCGUUGCCCCCCAGAGGAAGACUGAGUGUGUUUUGUCAGGGAAAGACACCAAUGGGGAAUGUGGAAACUUCAUCCGUCUGAUUGAGCCAUGGAACCGGACCCACCUGUAUGUGUGUGGGACAGGGGCGUACAACCCCAUCUGCACCUAUGUGGACCGAGGACGCAGGUCACAGGGGUCCCACUACCUACAGGCACCCCAAUCUGGAGGGAGAACAAGUCGGGCAGCAGACUACAGCACUACAUCAGAGCCCUUGGAGGCGAAGGAAUAUAUUUUCCGACUUGAACCUGGUAAAGUGGAUUCUGGGAAGGGAAAAUGUCCUUAUGACCCCAAACUUAACAGCGUCUCCGCUUUGAUCAAUGGAGAGCUGUAUGCAGGAGUCUACAUUGAUUUCAUGGGAACAGACUCUGCUAUCUUUCGUACGCUGGGGAAGCAGACAGCCAUGAGGACUGAUCAGUACAACUCCAGAUGGUUAAACGAUCCCACAUUCGUCCAUGCACACCUCAUCCCAGACAGUGCCGAGAAGAAUGAUGACAAGCUCUACUUUUUCUUCCGCGAGAAAGCCUCCGAGAUGGGCCAGAGUCCCAUGACCCAGUCCAGGAUAGGGCGGAUCUGCCUGAAUGACGACGGCGGGCACUGCUGUCUGGUCAACAAGUGGAGCACGUUUCUGAAGGCUCGACUCAUCUGCUCUGUGCCUGGAGCCGACGGCAUCGAGACACACUUUGAUGAACUAAGGGACGUCUACAUCCAGCCAACUCAAGACACCAAGAAUCCUGUCAUCUACGGAGUCUUCUCAGUUUCCGGAUCCGUCUUUAAAGGCUCGGCAGUGUGCGUUUACUCCAUGGCUGACAUCCGUAUGGUCUUCAAUGGGCCUUUUGCCCACAAGGAAGGGCCCAACUACCAGUGGGUGGCAUACACUGGGAAGAUUCCCUACCCACGACCUGGCACUUGUCCUGGAGGCACUUUCACCCCCAACAUGAAAUCCACAAAGGAUUACCCAGAUGAGGUUAUCAACUUCAUGAGAAACCACCCCACCAUGUACAAUCCUGUAUACCCGGUGCACAAGCGCCCCCUGGUGGUCAGAACCAACGUGGACUAUGAGUUCACCACAAUUGCCGUGGACCAAGUGACAGCUGCUGACGGGAGCUACGAGGUGCUCUUCCUGGGAACAGAUCGGGGGACGGUCCAGAAAGUGAUAGUCCUGCCUAGAGACGACUUGCAGACAGAGGAGCUGGUCUUAGAGGAAGUGGAGGUCUUCAAGGUUCCCACACCAAUUACCACCAUGAAGAUUUCAUCCAAACGGCAACAACUGUACGUAGGGUCAGUCUUGGGCGUGACCCACCUGGCUCUCCAUCGCUGUGAUGUGUACGGGGAGGCCUGCGCUGACUGCUGUCUGGCCAGAGACCCGUACUGCGCCUGGGACGGCAAAUCCUGCUCAAGAUACUCAGCCUCACAGAAGAGACGGAGCCGUCGACAGGAUGUAAAGUACGGCAACCCAAUCCGCCAAUGCAGAGGUUAUAAUUCCAAUGCAAACAAGAAUACUCUGGAGGCAGUGCAGUAUGGGGUGGAGGGAAGCACUACAUUUCUGGAGUGCCAGGCCAGGUCUCCUCAUGUGUCUCUGAAGUGGCACCUGCAGAAGGAAAACAGCGACAGGAGGAAAGAGAUCCGCUCAGAGGGCCGCAUCCUGAAAACAGAACAAGGCCUCCUGAUCCGCUCGCUGCAGUCCUCUGACAGCGGCAUCUACCAGUGCACGUCCACAGAGAAGAACUUCAAACACACACUGGUCAAACUGCAGCUCGUGGUCCUUUCCAGCCGCACAGUCAACAACGUGUUGGUGGAGACGGGCAGCCCGGCCCUGCCUCCGCUCCAGUCCAGCGCCUGGACUCCGAGCGCCGGCCAGUAUAAGGACCUGCUGACCAUUCUGAGUCAGCCGGAGAUGGGCCUGAUCAACCAGUACUGCCAGGAUUACUGGCAGCUCGGAGAGGGCAACCUCGGGGACAACAAAGCCAAAAGCCUGAAGGAGCUGAAGGAACAGAAGAAGCCUCGCAACCGUCGGCAUCAUGAUGAGCAAACAACUCCAGCUGAGACAUGAGAAGCUUGACACACACCCCAUCAUCCUCAAACAUCCCCUCCUGUCUACCUGUUCACACAACCUCCUAAACACUGCAACCCUCCAUUUAGGGGAAUGACUCCAGUCAAAUGAUAGAAAAAUCUAAUUAUCGUAAUGGACAAGACAGACACUGCAACCAAAAGCAACAACAUCAAACAGUUUCUAUGUAACUGUUAAAAAAAGUACACAAUAUUUAUUGUAGGUUGUAAAAAGUAAUUCUUUGUACCUAUCUAGGAAACAUGUUUUUUGUGAAUAGGUAAAUCGUGCAAAUAUUGUUGUUAUUAUAAUAUUAUUGUUAGUGUUAUUUGUUUAUUACAAUGUGUUAUUAUGUUGAGAAUAUCUUUAUGUUUGGUGUUUUUGAGAAACAGCAACAAUAACCCAGGACAUUGGAAGUAUCCACACAUGGACAAGGACCGAUGGACAUGUAUUCAGAAACUGUUAUAGGCGACCAUGUUGGAUCACAUGACUGCUGGCAGUAUUCAGUGUCUAAGCUGGAGGUCGAGUCAGGAAGUCGCUCAAGCUUCCCUAAACUCCUUCACCAGAACUCUACUGUAUAUCGGACAGUGUUUUUUUGUUUGUUUUUUUUUGUUUUUUACUGCGAGAUACAAGCUUUUUGAUGAAAAGAUGAGGGCAUUUCAUGGGACAUUCAUGGAUAGAAGAAAUGCCCACAGACUGCAGCUGUGACAACUUGUUACGGUCAUACAGUCACAUGUGAAUGAAAAGCCUCUGUGACGUCUCUCUCCUUUUACCGAUGUGGUCCAGCCUGGCCUCGAGUAAUGAUGUUACAUCCCUCGUCCCAAAUUCUUCCAAAAUCAGUUGCUGCCAAGUGUUUGUUUUUGUUUAUAUGUGAAUAUCACAUCUCAAUGUUGUAUCCUUAACAAACGUGAUCUUUGUGAUAAGCUGUUUUAUUUGGGGGAAAGGGUCUUUUAAUGACACAAAAGCUGAAAAUAUAACAUUGCCUUCUCUUUUCUCUCUUCAGAGAUAAGAAAUUCCAGCAGGCAGCUAUAUGUGAGUUUGUGACAGUUUGUGAUAAAAACUAUUAGAGACAAAGCACCUUCUGUUGCCAAAUUGGUGAUCAUGAUAAACACUAAAUACUUCACAUGUAUCUGUGGCAUAUUUUGCAGUAUAUUCAUAUAAGAGAGAGCAUGCAGUUUGUAUGCUCAAAGGAUUUUUUUUUUUUUUUUUUUAGCUCUAAAUGAAUCCAAAGUUUGCAUUCCUACCAGUUUUAUGCUAAAUAUUGGUUUCACAAAGUGAAUAUUGUGUUUGGCCACAUAAGCAGUCUAAACUUCAGUUAGAUUACAGUGACAAAUGUGUUGUUUUUCAGUGCUUGAGGACUGGCCUGUUUUAUUGGUGCUGUGUUAACUGUUAUCAGCUGGUUCACAACAGAGCUUUCAGUCUAGUGCAGUGCCAUCCUGCUAUCAACCAUGCCACAGACUUCAUAUAAAACUGUUUGUA